GUGAAGCAGGAGCUGUAACCUAGAUGUGAGAGCAAUAUUUCGUUAUGGACCUCACCUGAGCUUUGUAGAGAAACAAUAAUUGCUGGCAGAUGAAGCGUCUUUUGGCCCUUAAGAGAGGGCUAGUCAGGUUACUAAUUGAGUGUGUGUGUGAGAGUAUGUAAGGAAGUUCAUUUGGGUGACAGAACCGAAAGACCUUCACAAAGCAUCAGCAGUGAGUUCAGGAGACACCCAAACAGAGACAGAAGAGAUUUGAUGAUCUGCGAAAAUGAGCAUCUGCUGCAGAGACUCAGGAGUCACCUGAGCAUAGAAUACAUCAAUUGAUAAGUGCACAAGAGCCUCUGUCACACAGACUCAGGAGAUAAUGAUGUCCUUUUCAAUUCAAUUUCCAUUAUUGACAGAAGGUCUGUUGACAUAUGGCUAUGUUACCAAAGCAGAGAAUGUGAACUUGGAAGUAGCAUUGCCAAAAGGUUUAACAGGAAUUGUAAAUGCUACGAACAUAUCUCCAACCUACACAAGUUAUCUGAAAUCUCUUGUCGAAAAUGGCAAAAAAAAUCUUUCCCAACUGGCUGAUCACACACUCUCCAACCUAUUUCCAAAAGGUUCUUUCAUCGUUUGUAAGGUUAUAUCCACUAAAAACGGCACAUUUGACUUGUCUUUAUCUCCCGAGGAUAUCAACUGCUAUAUAGAACAAGUUCAGAUUAAAAAUAAUAUGAUCCUUGUAGGAAGUGUUAAAAGUAUUGAAGACCAUGGGUAUAUAAUUGAUAUUGGUCUCAAAGAUGUCUAUGCAUUCCUCAGUAAGGAAAACGCAAGCAAGUAUAACGAUGGGAAACAAAUCAAAAUGGGUCAGCAGCUACAAUGUUUAGUUGUCGAUGUUACACGCAUAAAAAGGAAUGUGAUACGAUCUGUGACUCUCUCGGCUGAUCCUUUUAAAAUUGCAACUCAAAUGAUAAAAGACCCCUUGCCUCUACCGCUCUCAUUUAUCUGUCCAGGCCUGCAAGCUGAAGCCACUAUUGUCAAAGAUGAAGGUUCUUACUUGGCAGCUAAAUUCCUGACAUACAACGCUGUGAUACCAAAAUGUUAUUGCAAUCCUGAUGGAGAGGGACAUGAAGCAAAUUCACUGGUCCGAGCCACUGUUCUUCAAUACCAUCCUGAAACAAAGGUUAUUAUUCUGACUCUGAGAAUGAUCUACAGCAGUGACAUCUCUGAAAUUUUCCCUGACAUAUUUAUUGGUAAAAUUAUUAAAGGCGCUGUAAAGUACAUCAGCUCAGAAAAUGAGAUAUAUCUUCUCCUUUCAAAUGGACUUUGGGCGGUUGCAUUUCCUCCAGAUCACACAGCUCAAAAAAGAUCUGCAUUAUUGAAAGCAUACCCUGUUCACUCCAAACACCGAUGCUGUGUAAUGAAAUUGGUACCUCUUGAAAAUUUAGUUGAAGUUUGUCUCAGCUGGAAACCCAAUAAAGCAAAUUCAGAAUCUUCAUCUCUGAAAGACACUCUUCCAGCUGAUGAGUCAAAGACAAAAAUACCAGAAAUAGAGGAGGAAGAAACAUCUACAAAAAAUGGUAAUGUGGUUAGCCAUGAAGUGGAAGAGGCUGAAGAAUCAAGAAGCGAAAUAACGAAAUUGGUAAAGACAUCAAAAGUGGCAAAUCUAGACAGAAUUGGAAAGCUAUCUCAUGGCACUAUACUCAAGAAAUUGGAAAACAGCUUCAAAGUGCUUUUGGCGUCAUCAGGGAAAUUCGCUGUGCUACCCAAGAUGCAUCUGUCUGAUUUCCAAAACCAUUGUGAUAUGUUAUGGGAUAUCUACAGUGAAGGGGACAUGAUGCGGGUUGUCAACUUUAAAAACCUUAACAAAGCCACUAUAUGUAGCAGUAAGCUUAGUCUGCGACUAACAGCUAAAAAGGGAAACUUUGUACAAUCAUUCAAUAAUAUUCACGUUGGUCAGAAUUUGAUUGGAAUUGUUAAAACGGUUGUUGAUUAUGGUGUAUUUGUUGAAUUUCCUGGAGGUCUUCUCAGUUUGGCAGUCACUAAGGAUAUAACAGCAGAUCCAGACAUAAAUCUACACAAAUAUUUUAAAGAAGGCAUGACCGUUUCCACUCAUGUGUGUGGAAUUAAUCAGAAAAAGCGACAAUUCAGAGUUAGCUUGAAACUCAGAAAAACUGACAUUGACUCGGAUUUUCAGCUAACUUACUUUCGCAAUUACUUUAAGGAUAAAAAUAUCAUUAUAGACCAUCUAAAAUCUAGGAAAGAUUGUCCUUGGUUGUUUGAAGAUUUACACACUGGGGAUUUGUGCCAUGUAACUGUUACCGAAGUGGUUAAAGAAGGUGUGCACUGUACAUUGGAGUCAGGCACUAAAGGUUUCAUUGCCACGCACCAUAGAAAAGGUCUCACUGUUAAAAAAGAUAUGACAGUUGCAGCUGUUAUAUUAGAUAUGGAUCUCUUGCAAGGAAUUGUCCAGCUGGCUGCAUCUCCUGUAGUUGUCAAACAGGUGAUGAAAAUGAAGAAGAAACCAGAAGAGAUUCCAAAGAAUAAAAAACUCAAGUCACUUGUGCUGCUGGUUCGAAAGGAGUUUGUUAUAGUUUUGUUAAAGAUGAAAGGAAAGGCAAAAUUAGCUUACCUUUCUCCGAAAAUGGUAAUAUAUAUUUAUUUAAUUUUCAUUCAAAUUAAUGUUUGUUUUACCAUUUGCAAAAAAAAAAAAAGAAGAAAUAAUUGGUAAAAACUGAAUAAUUUA